AGGACAUGGGCGGGCUUUUCCUGUCCAUUGUUCUCGGCGCCGGAGCGUCCAGCCCGAGCUGGCCCGGGAGCUCCGCUGAGCCCGGGGGCGCGCGCCACCUCCGUGUCCGCGUCUCGGGCGCCCUUCGCGGGGAAGCGCCCUUAGUCCCCCGGCCCGCCGGGCCCCUCGAGCCACGAAGUGACUCACCAGAGAAGAUCAAAGUUUGAGCCUUCAAGUGCAAGCAACAAUUAGAGGGACAUCUUCCUCCAGAGUUGGACAAUGGCUGGAGAAGUCCCAGGAAUGACUGCCACCUUGGAUUCUUUGGCUCAGGCAACAGAAGAAGAGGAGGAGGAGGAGGAGGAGGAAGAAGAGGCCUCUACAAUGAUACUAGAUGAUGAGGAUUCCUCCUGGAAGCCUGGCUUAGCCCUGCAAGGGGACAGCUGUGACACUGAAUCCUUCCAUCAGAUUAAAAGUAAAGUUGAAUAUCAGGAGACUGCUGAGCCCAGGGAAUCUCUCAGCAGACUGAGGGAACUCUGUCAGCGCUGGUUAAGGCCAGAACUUCGUACAAAGGAGCAGAUGCUAACGCUGCUGCCUUCAGAGAUUCAGGCUUGGUUGAGGGAGCAUCGGCCAGAGAGCAGCAAGGAGGCGGUGGCUCUGGUGGAGGACUUGACCAAAACUCUUCGGGAGAGUGCUCUCUCUAUUGCACGUGUUCCAGCCUUUUCUGAGGAGGACAGUACUGAAGACCAAGUUAUAGAGGAUGCACUCCUUAUGGCCAGGGCUCAGGGGUCGGGGACAUUUAAGGAUGGGGAAGUUUCUCCCUCCCAAGAGGAGCAAGAAGGUCUAGAUGCUGUUUCGAAGAACCUCUGUAGUGGUGUGAUGCAGGAGAAUUAUGGGAAUGUCAUGUCACAUGAUUUUGAGAUCCAGAGUGAAAAUGAAGAGAAUUCAAAUCAAGAAAUGUUUGAAACAGUGGAAGAAAAUAUGUUAUCAGGAAGGCCUGAAGGGGAAGGCAUUCAGCAUUCUGCUUGGGGAAGUGACUUUGAGAGAGACUUUGGGUUAGAAAGGCCUCAGGGAAAUUCCCAAGUAGAGAAAUAUGGGGAAACUAUUUCACAGGACAGGGAAAUAGGACAAUUCAUAGGCCUUCAGGGUACCUAUUUAGGUGAGAAGCCCUAUGAAUGCCCUCAGUGUGGGAAAACCUUCAGUCGAAAAUCACAUCUUAUUACACAUGAGAGGACCCAUACAGGAGAGAAAUACUAUAAAUGUGAUGAAUGUGGAAAAAGCUUUAGUGAUGGCUCAAACUUUAGUAGACACCAAACAACUCACACUGGGGAGAAACCUUAUAAAUGCAGAGAUUGUGGGAAAAGUUUUAGCCGGAGUGCAAACCUAAUAACACACCAGAGAAUCCACACAGGGGAAAAACCCUUCCAGUGUGCUGAGUGUGGGAAAAGUUUCAGCAGAAGUCCCAACCUCAUUGCUCAUCAGCGAACCCACACAGGAGAAAAACCAUAUUCAUGCCUGGAGUGUGGAAAGAGCUUUGGUAACCGUUCUAGCCUUAAUACACACCAGGGAAUUCACACUGGAGAGAAACCCUAUGAAUGUAAAGAGUGUGGUGAAAGCUUUAGUUACAACUCUAACUUAAUUAGGCACCAGAGAAUCCACACAGGAGAGAAACCAUAUAAAUGUACUGACUGUGGACAAAGAUUCAGUCAGAGCUCAGCCCUUAUUACACACCGAAGAACUCAUACAGGAGAAAAGCCCUAUCAGUGCAACGAAUGUGGAAAAAGCUUUAGCCGGAGCUCAAAUCUGGCAACACACCGAAGAACCCACAUGGUGGAGAAGCCCUAUAAAUGUGGUGAGUGUGGGAAAAGUUUCAGCCAGAGUUCUAGUUUGAUUGCCCAUCAAGGAAUGCACACAGGAGAGAAACCCUAUGAAUGUCUGACAUGUGGGGAAAGCUUUAGCUGGAGUUCCAACCUUAUUAAACACCAGAGAAUCCACACAGGAGAGAAGCCCUAUAAGUGCUCUGAGUGUGGGAAAUGUUUCAGCCAGCGAUCACAACUUGUGGUCCAUCAGAGAACUCACACAGGAGAGAAGCCAUAUAAAUGCCUCAUGUGUGGAAAAAGCUUCAGCCGGGGAUCAAUCCUUGUCAUGCACCAGAGAGCUCAUCUAGGGGACAAACCUUAUAGAUGUCCCGAAUGUGGGAAAGGCUUUAGUUGGAAUUCUGUUCUUAUCAUACAUCAAAGAAUACACACAGGAGAAAGGCCCUACAAGUGCCCAGAAUGUGGGAAAGGCUUUAGUAAUAGUUCCAACUUUAUUACACAUCAGAGAACUCACAUGAAAGAGAAGCUCUAUUGAUGUAGCAAGUAUGGGAAAAGUUUGCUGUCAGGAAACUGAUAAGAGGAAAGCCACAAGCAUCCUAAAGGCAGUAGUUUUACCAAAAAAAAAAAAAAAAAAAAAAA